UGGGUCUGGAGGUGAAGUGUUCAGACUCGGUGCGUCUGGUCUCGGGGCCCAGUCUGUGCUCAGGAUCAGUGCAGAUCUGGGACCAGUCCUGGACCUGGGUCUGUGAAGGGGCCUUGGACCAGCAGGGGGCAGAGGUGCUGUGCAGGGAGCUGGGCUGUGGGGCUCCUUCUCUCCUCCAGGGGGCGCUCUCUCCUCUGGAGCAGACGUUCCACUGUGAGGGCCAUGAGUCUGCUCUGAUGGACUGUCCCCACUCCAGCUCAGAGACCUGCUCCUCUGGAGCCGCUGUCAACCUCACCUGCUCAGAGCCACUCAGGCUGGUGGGAGGGGCCAGUCGCUGUGCUGGGACUGUGGAGGUGAGACACAGAGGAGAGUGGAGACGGAUGGAGCCCGAUAGACCCUGGCUCCUGGAGGACACAGCUGCUGUGUGCAGAGACCUGGACUGUGGCUCUGCUGUUUAUGGAGAAGAGAGAGAGGAUUUUCCACAGAGUCCAGUGUGGAGAGUCUCACCUGACUGUGUGGAGAAGUCUGCAGUGAGACACUGUGUCUAUGGUUCUUCCUCCUCUUCCUCCUCUUCCUCGGGUCUGGAGGUGAAGUGUUCAGAUUUACUGAAUCGUCCGGUCAUCUCUCUGUCUGUGUCUGACGGGGUUUCCGAGGCCCUGCCGCAGGGGGUCCGGGUGCUGCUGGGGUCAAAGUUUCAGGGUCAAAUGCUCUGUGGAGCCACAGUACCCGGGAGGCUCCUUCCAGCUCCUCUCUCCAACCGCGCCCCUCGCUUCUCCUCUCAGAGCCCCAGCCUCCAGCUCUCUCUGGGAGCUUCAGACUCAGCCCUGAUCAUCAGAGUCCUGCUCAUUCUACUGUUGAAGCUCCUCUACAUCCUUCCAAUGCUCUACUACUACUGCAAGGUCCGGGCCAGAGGGAGGCGCUAG